GGUGUGUGGGGGUGGCUGUGAGUGUUGUGUUCCGCAAGGAGCCGCUCUCUCUCUCUGUCUCCCUCGCUCCCAGCAGUGUUCUCCCGUCACUACUCACUCACCACAGACGCCUCCGCCAUGGAUCUGCUGUGGCAGAAGGUGUUGUGGCUCUGCUCAAUGUUCCUCCUCACCGCCACCUUCGUUCUGCUGCCGCUGGCCUACUUCAGGAACCACGCUCAGCCGGCAGGUCCCCUAGGCCAGUGCGUCCUGGGCAUGCUGCAGUGCGCGGCGGCCGGCGUCUUCCUCAGCACGUGCCUCCUCGACCUCGUGCCCGACUACCUCGCCUCCAUAGCCAGCAGCCUCGCCCAGUGGGGGGGCCAGACCUCCUUCCCUCUGGACAUGUUCAUCAUGGCCGCGGGCUUCCUGCUCGUGCUGCUGCUCGAACAGCUGUGCUCUCCUGCUGUUCCCCACGGUGACUCCGAGGCACCCGACUACAGCGAGCGCCAAGCCCUGCUGGACCCGCGGGCCUCGCACUCGGGGGGAGCUCUCAACCACGGCCACGGCCACGGCCACGGCCACGGCCACGGCGGCACGACCAGCGGCUGGGUGAGGGUCGUGACCUUCGCCUGCGCCCUCUCCAUCCACUCGGCAUUCGAGGGUCUGGCGUGCGGCCUACAGCUGAGUGCCACACAGCUCGCCCGGCUCUGCGGCUCGCUCUUCCUGCACAAGGCCCUGGUGGCCCUAGGCCUGGGCCUCGAGCUGUGGGGACCCGGAAAGACCGUGUCGCACCCGGCCGGUUGGCUGCUGGCCGCGAUCUUCUCGCUGGCCUCGCCGCUCGGCAUACUGGGCGGCGCACUUGUGACGCGCGGCGACCCCGUGGUGCCCGGCGGGAACACGAUGGCGCGCAGCAUCCUGGAGGGCAUCUCCGCGGGCACCUUCGUGUUCGUCACCUUCGUCGAGAUUCUGCCCCAAGGCCUGCAGGCUCCCGGGCCUCCAAUGCUCAAGAUGCUGUCCCUGCUGCUUGGAUUCUCCGUGGUCACCGCGACUCUGUUCAUUGAGCCCUGAACUUAGCCCCGCGACCUCAAGUGAUGUCGCAGUGUUGGGUCGCGUGCCCCUGUGCGGCGAUGACGGCGGUAAUGGCGGUGGCGACGGUGGCAGCCAUGGCGUUUGGUAGUGCAAAUCGCAUCUCAGGGCGCCGCGGUAGAAUUUGCGACGCACAUGCGGCAUUCGCGCCCUGAGGCCCCCGCGGGGGGAUAAUCACAACCACUUCAAGCCGGAAUGCCUCCGCUCCCACACCACCCGCACCACCGGCAUCACCGCACCACUCGUAGCAACCACACCACCCACACCCCCGCACC